UGCUGAGUGGCGCGCGGAUGGAGGGCCCCGAGGCGCUGUCCCUGCGCUCCGCCUCCGGCUCCGGCUGAAAAAGUUUCUCCAUGGUUCCUUUGUGUUGCCCCGGCGCCCGUUUGCCCGUUCGGAGCUGCCCCAGCCUUCCUGGCAGGAGGAGGUGGCGGAGCAGCUAGUGGACAGCUGGCGCCCCUCCUGCACAAGCCUCCACCCCAAGGGCUAGCCCCUCACUCCACUGGCUCGCCAUGAUCGCCACCGGUGGCCUGCUAAGGAUUUCCGCCAGAAAGCAGGAUCCUCUCCGCCCCCCAAGCCAGGUCCCCAAGCGCAAGCGGAAAGCCAAGAAGAGGCGCAAGAACGACGUGGUGGUGGUGAAAGGCAAGCUGAAACUGUGUUCCAUCUCUGGGCUGAUAGCCCUCUGCGGGAUCCUGGUGCUGCUGGUGGGCAUAGCCAUGGCUGUGGUGGGUUACUGGCCCAAGACCAAUGGGGCCAACCGGGACGGAGGGAAGCAGCUGCCGCCAGCAGGCAGCAGCCAACGGGUCCUGACCACCGCCUAUAGCAGCAGCAGUGGCAACAAAAACCGGUCCAGGAACCUCCCUGGUACUCCUGAGGCUGUCAAUUCCAGCUCGGUGGGCACGCCCAGGAGCACGCCCCCAGCGCUGCCUGCCACCCCUUCCUCGACCUCCGCUACGUCGGUUGGUUUCUUCUUCCGCAUCUUCUCUGGAUACCUGCAUUCCGACAAACUCAAGGUCUUUGGGCCCCUCAUCAUGGGCAUCGGUAUCUUCCUUUUCAUCUGCGCCAACGCGGUGCUCCACGAGAACCGGGACAAGAAAACCAAGAUCAUCAACCUGCGGGACCUCUACUCCACAGUCAUCGACGUGCACAGCCUCCGCGCCAAAGACCUUGCGGCUGCCGCCGCCGCGGCUGCCGCGGCCGCAGCCUCCUCUUCCUCGGUUCCUGCCUCGGCGCCCUCCGGGACCGCGCCCCUCAAUGGCUUCCUUAGUUACGUGCAGUCGCGGGGCUUGGAGCUUAAGCCCGGCAGCUGCGGCUCAGCCGGGGACGCCUUCGGGGCGGCGGCUUUGCUGACCAGUGGCUCCUGGCCCCAUCCCACAGGGCUGGGCGGGGGCGGCGCCGCCGCGUCCCCACCAGACCUGGUCUCGUCCCCUCGAAGCCCGCGGGAGCCCCCGAGUCUGGCGGAGGCGGUGUACAGCAUCUACAGCGAGCGCUCGGGCGCGGGGGGUCGUCGCCGGGCCACUCCGGUGGCCGAUGCAGCCAUCGCGGCCUCCAACAGCCACAGCAGUCCGGCACCCUGCAGCCCACCUGGGAGCUGGGGGCGCCAGAGCACCGCCAGCUCCCUCGUGGGCUCCUCACUGAGCGCCUUCGCACUGCUACCCUUGCAAGGGGACCGCUUCCAGGAAGGAGAAGGGGACGCUGAGGGCGCGAGCUGCAGUUGGCAGAGGCCCCCUGGGGAACGCGGAUCCCGGGAGAUCCCACGGGGUGAGCUCGACCUCAGCUUGACCGACCUCCCGCACGCCGGGUGCGGUGCGGGUUGGGCGCCCUGCGAGCUGGAGGGUGCGGAGGACACGGCGCCGCACACCGCCAGGGGGCAGGGCGGCCGCCUGCCCAGGACCGGCAGGUACGCUGCCCUGAGGCGCCGCAGCACCAGCGGGCUACCAGACUACCGGGCGCCGCAGUCCCCUGAGCCCCCGCCCUCCCCGGGCAGCGAGGACCUAAAUUCCAGCCUUCUGGCCAAAACUGCCUCCCCCUCGUCCCCUCCGCUGCUGGAGGACUCCACCCCAGCGAGGCGGGACUCGCGCAGCUUGCAGUCGGAUGAUGGGUCCUGCAGCAAUAAGGGCUACACCCCCCUGCGGGAGAUGGGGACCUCCGUGGAGUCGGUUGUGGACACAGCAGCCAGUCAAAGUCAAGACUGUGAGGCUGCCGCCGCCCCGGGUGGCGAGCCAAGUACCCCGGAAGAUUCCAGCCAAGUGCUACCCACGACCCAGUCACCUCUGUCGGUGCAGAAGCAGUUUACAAACAAAGAGAAACUCAUCAUGAUUUCCAGGUCUCAUGCCCUAGGGGUGGAGGACAGGGAACUGGAAAGUACUGGCAUUUAGGGAAAGAGUGAGCGACACGACACGUUAAGAGGUGGGAGAGGAGAGGAUUGAAGAGGCAGGAAAAAAGCCUCACUGGAAGUUGUGAACUUAAGUGGUCCCCUCUUCCUUUGGUGAACUUGUCCGAGGAAAUCAUCCAAUACCCAAAGAGCUGCAGAAUGUUAUCCUUGAAUUGCAUUCACGAGAUUCUUGUAGAUAACUCCAAGCAAUUUUUUUUUUAAAAAA